AAAAUAAUAUUUGUCAGAACCGCCGUUUUUCCAAAACAAGUUGUAUUGUCGCUAAAGUUUAUUAUUUUAUGAAUUACGAUGGAUUUCCGAUUGUAUGAAACUAAAUUAGCAAGCCAUAAGAUAUUCAAAGACAUAAAAGAAAGUUUGGAUGAUUGCGAUUCAAAAUUGCGCAACUUGUUCGAAAUUAAAGAUGAUGUUUUGUAUAUCUGGAAUUCUGUUGAGAACUGCUUAUUUAGUGUAAAUUUGAAGCGACUUGAAGAAAAUGAUGAAGAAACUCCAUAUCAGAAACUUCAUCUGCUCUCUCCACCAGCAUUCACUGUGGAGCAUGUCAUUAGUAGUGGGUGCAGCAGUAAACUUUGUAUAUGGGGAUCGAGAGGGGUAACAGUGGCGGAGCUGCCGUCAAGGUGGGGUCGUGGUGGUCUUUUCGACUCUGGCAGUCAUACAAUUUUGUGCAAGAGCUUUUGCUUAGAUGAAAAGUUCCUAUACCUGCAAGGGGAGAUACACCGUGUGCACUGGCAUCCUAAGUCUCUCUCGCAUCUGCUAGUUCUUGUCUCAGAUAACACUAUGAGGCUGUACAACAUAGGCUUAAAGACUGGUCCAAAGUUAGUGAAAGUGUUCAGUAUUGGACCAAAGCCAGCUGGUGCGCUAGGGCGAACUGUUCUUGACAGUUUUGGAGAUACUGCAGUGGAUUUCACACCAACCCCAGACUCGGAACACCUUCUCAUAUUGAGUGGAAAUGGAGAUGUGUAUAUGAUGCAGUGUGAAUUGGAUAGUAAAAGUCUGGUAAAAACAAAAUUAAAAGGACCUCUAGCUAUGUACCCACCUGCAGAUGAUAAUUAUGGAUCAGAGUCCUGUGCCAUAACAGCUUUGGGUGGAGUUGAUACACCCACCCUGUUGGUUAUCGCCAGUGCAUCAGCUGUACUUUACCAUUGCUUACUUCUGUCCAAUGCUACAGAUUUAGACGACGAAAGCCACGCACUGUAUGUCGUGGAGUCUGUUGAGCUGAACAUCGUAAUGGGCGAUGAACAAACAGCGUUGCAAUACGUGUGCCCCGUGCAUCUGUACCCGGUGAGUCGCAACACGUACGCAUGCACGCACGCUGGCGGCGUGCAUACGGUCACGUUGCCCGUACUCGAGAGGCUAAGCGAGUACGCUGCAGCGGACGAAGGUGACACGGAGUCUAUUCUCCAAGCGAUCUGCACCAAGCCAAGUACGGCCCGUUAUCUUUUGCAUACGAGCGGGAAAUCAAGCCCACUAGUGGGUCUGGCGAUUACACCAGCGCCUCUACGUACUCUCCUCAUACUCUGUUCGUCUGGUGAUUUUGUCACAAGGUCCCUGGAACCUUGCAAUUUGGAAGAGCAGCUUUACAAGGAGCUCCAACUCAAAAAUCCCGCGCUCGAGCAAGAUGACAUCAAUGCUAUACUAAAAGAGAGACAGAAACUACCAUUCACAUCAAUAAUACUAGAAGUGUUGGAGAGACAGGUGUCGCAACCCAUACUCAAAUUGAAAAAGAAAAGGGAGAUGGAUCCUAAGGAAUGUCUAGAGUUACUAACGCAAGCGACGGUUCGACUCCGUAGUGAAUACAUAAUGCGGCAACAGAGAGCCUCGGAAGUGAUGGCAAGGAAGAUAGCUACACUCAAUACUCUUGGUUUCCAACAUCGCGACUGGCUCUCCGAGUUGCAGAAAGAAGUGGAGAGCGUUUAUCUUCAAUCGACCGCACUGAAGAAAAAGCGAGCCUUAGUAGAGAAACACCAAGAGGAUAUGAAAUACAGAUGUUCAGCAGUAGUGAGAAAUUUGCGUGCCGGAUGCGGCAGCUCUGGAGAAGAGCGAAGACUAUUGGCUGAACUGUUGCAGCAUCAGAGAAGAGCAGCAACCCUCGCGGAGCAGGUCCAUACCCUAAAACUGCAUAAGCAACAUAAGCAGGAUGAGAUGAAAAAAUGGCAAGAAGAAUACAAGAAGAAAGAUACUGUUCUUGGCAAGUCACACAGCGAUACCAUAUGGGCUAUCCUACAGCAACAGACAACACAGAUAUCAUCAUUGAUCGAAGAAACGAAAUUACUAAAGGACCAAUUAGGCGUAGUAUAAAAAAUAUUAAUUACUUAAUUUACUUAUAAAAUAAUUAUUGUUAAUUAAAAUGCAUGUAAGAGAAUGCUAAUUACCCGUAAUUAUAAAGCACUUUAAGAUAAAUAAAGUGUUUCGUAUAUAAUAAGUCACGUCAUUUUGAUUAUUUCGUUACGAGGAAGUUAAUAAAAAAAAUUGUCUAUUUCUCAUUA